AUCAGAGUAUCCGUAGUACGAUAUUUUUUUCUGUGCGCUUCUCUCAGUUUUAGUCGAGCGAAUCUUCCUCGAGGACAUUCCUCUCGACCAUUCGGAAACACAAGACAAGCUUUCUCGUGUGCAUCUGUCGAUUCGACAUCACCGUCAUCACCAAUCAUCAGUGCAGAGCCAGCUAUCGCGUGUGCGUUUAAAUCUAUAUCAACCGAGAUCAACAGUGAGCCUGAACCAACCAGUGACAUUCAACUACCUGCCUACGUUAAAGUAUCAGCACCUUUAUUAUACAAGCCUUUACCGAGAACAUUUCCCUUGAUAUACGUUGUGCUUGUCAAAUCUGCGUCAGCUAUUGUAGCUACAGAACCGAAAACGUUGGAAAAAGAUAUUCAACAUAUGGCAUAUCCUAAAUAUUCCUUUAAUUAUGGCGUGAUCGAUGGAUAUACCGGCGACUCCAAAUCUGCAUUGGAGGAGCGAGAUGGAGAUAUAGUUAAAGGAGAAUAUUCGGUGGUCGAAGCAGAUGGAGCUGUCCGUAUCGUUUCUUACAUGGUGGAUGAUUGUAAUGGUUUCAAUGCAGUUGUGACUAGAAACGAACUUCCAAAAAAUAUAAAGAACACUGCAAUCGAAAUAAAAACAUUCGUACCUGUUGCAUUAUUUGCUAGUAGGGACAGACGACAGGCAUAAAAUUUAAUAUCGGAGUAAUAUUUGCUUUUUCUUUUUUACAUAUUAUUA